AUGUUUCACAAAACUGCAUUAUCCAGACUCAGCAAGAGGUUACUCUCUUUCAAGACGUACCCAACCCCAAAUCAGAAUGCAUUGAAGUUUGUUUCCCCUGAAUGUGCAAUUUCCCCCUUAGAAAAUAAGACAUUUGAGUUCGGCUCAUCCCUCCAAGCCGUCCAUUCUCCAUUGGCUUUGAAACUUUUCAAGAUCGCCGGCAUCAAAUCUGUUAUGAUUGGCCAUGAUUUCCUCACUGUUAACAAGCAAGAUCACAUUAACUGGGCCAACUUGCGUCCCGAGGUGACCGAAUUGUUGGACGAGUUCCUCACAGCCAAUGAAGAACCUACCAUAACAAAGGAACUUUUGGAGUCCGAAGAAGAUUCACUCGCCGCGAAUGAAAACGAUACUGAGAUCGUUGCCAUGAUCAAGGAAUUGAUUGAGACCAGAAUUAGACCCGCCAUCCAAGAUGACGGCGGAGAUAUCGAAUACAAGGCAUUCGACGAGGAAACUGGAACCGUUUUCUUGAAGCUUCAAGGAGCUUGCAAAUCAUGCUCCGCUUCGGAAGAUACGCUCAAGGGUGGUAUUGAGGCCAUGUUGAUGCACUACAUUGAAGAAGUAAGAGAAGUUGUCCAGAUCCUCGACCCUGAGGAGGAAAUCGCAAACAAGGAGUUCGAAAGACUAGAACAAAAGCUCAAGGACAGAAAAGACACUUCUCCUCCCCCACCACCUCCAUCCUUGUGA